UCGUACACACCUGGAAGUAAAGAACAGAGGGCAGAUUCAGCCGACAGGUGGAGGAAACUUUGCAAAUACUUUCUGUUAGACAAAGAGCGGGCAUAUUUGUGCAUUGAUGAGGAGAUGGAACUGCCUUUUUGGAGGGUGUUUUUCAACCAUACGCCUGUUGGAAUUGCCGUUGUCUCACAGCUCUGAACAGAGGAGUCAUCUAAAGAAGCUCUGCAGCUGUUUUUCCAGAAGACGGAGGUGAUGGAGUUGAAGCCUUCUCUGCUCUUAGAUUGGCAACGUUUUUAUUUUGGUCAUCAAUAAAAGAAAAAGAAAAAAAAAAGACACCAUCUUUAUCUGCUUGAGGAAUUCCGGCCUGUCAGCUAUUUUGGUUCCUGUCUUGCUUUCACUACUUUGUGAAAGGAGACGUAGAAAGGAAGGAAGGGGAGAGCGUAUGAGCACGACGCAGAGGAGGGGAGACAGACACAUACAGCGUCAACGUCUCGACCAGUGUCAGUUGUUUUCAGGAGCAGCUGAGGAGAGAACAAGCGACUCUUCCCAAAUCGCUCUUCUUCUCUUUAGUCCCAGAAAAAGUGAGGAGACGCCAUGGUUCGGUGGUUCCACAGAGACAUCACAGGCCUGCAGGCUGAGGAAAUACUGAAGCUGCGAGGCAUUGACGGAAGCUUUUUAGCUCGACCCAGCAAGAAAAACGUUGGAGAUUUCUCCCUGUCUGUCAGGGUGGGUGAUCAAGUGACCCACAUCCGCAUCCAGAACACAGGUGACUACUAUGACCUGUACGGAGGGGAGAAAUUUGCCACCCUGUCUGAGCUGGUGGACUACUACACAUCCGAUAGUGGGACCCUGCAGGACAAGGACGGCACCCUUAUCCAGCUUAAAUAUCCCCUAAACUGCUCGGACCCAACCACUGAGAGGUGGUACCACGGUCACCUGUCCGGCCCGAAUGCAGAGAAGCUGCUCACUGUGCGAGAUGAGCCCGGGACCUUCCUGGUCAGGGAGUCGCUGUCCAAGCCUGGAGAUUUUGUGCUCUCCGCCUUGACAGAUGAAAUAUCUAAAAGCGGGACAAAAAGGGUCUCCCACAUCAAGAUAAUGUGUCAGAAUGACAGGUACACAGUGGGGGGCUCGGAAACGUUCGACACUCUGACAGAUUUAGUGGACUACUACAAACGCAAAGGAAUCGAGGAGGUUUCUGGAAACUGGGUUUAUCUCAAGCAGCCGUAUUACUCUACCAGGGUAAACGCAGCAGAUAUCGACAGCAGAGUAAGGCAGCUGGACCAGACCCCACAGGAGCAGCUGGAGGAAGAAGGCCAGAAGAGCAAGGCGGGCUUCUGGGAGGAAUUUGACGCUCUUCAGAAGUUGGAAGCCAAAGUGAAAAAGAGCAGAGAGGAAGGCCAAAGACCAGAAAAUAAGAGCAAAAACAGAUACAAGAACAUUCUUCCCUUUAACGACACGAGAGUCAUCCUGCAGGACACUGAUCCCAACGUUGUCGGCUCUGAUUACAUCAAUGCCAACUAUGUAAAAAACAAACUGCAGGAGUUAGGAGAUCAGAAGGUUUACAUCGCCACCCAGGGAUGCCUAGCCACAACUGUCAAUGAUUUUUGGCAGAUGGUAUGGCAGGAGAACACGCGCGUGAUCGUCAUGACGACCAGAGAGGUGGAGAAAGGACGGAAUAAAUGUGUGCCGUAUUGGCCGGAGCUGCAUAGUUCAAAGGAGGUGGGCCCUUACAUAGUGACCUGUGACACGGAGAGAGAAGCUGUUGACUACAAAGUCAGGGUUUUGGAGAUUUCACCUAUGGCAAAGCCACAACUGUCACGUACUAUCUGGCACUAUCAGUACCUCAGUUGGCCUGAUCACGGAGUCCCUCAGGAGCCCGGUGGAGUCCUUAGCUUUCUGAUUCAAGUCAACGGCAAGCAGGCUGAAUACCCUGAAGCUGGGCCCAUAAUUGUUCAUUGCAGUGCUGGAAUCGGCCGGACGGGAACAAUCCUGGUUAUUGACAUGAUUAUUGACACCAUUGACACCCUAGGUCUGGAUUGUGAUAUUGACAUCCCAAAGUACAUACAGAUGGUUCGAGAGCAGCGCUCUGGUAUGGUGCAAACCGAGGCCCAGUACAAAUUCAUCUACCUGGCCGUAUCUGAAUACAUACAGACCACCAAAACCAAGGACUGUGCCUACAUGGAGACUGACACAGAGUACGGAAAUUUGCAGCUCAAACACCAGCCAGCGAGCAGAAAGGUGUCAAAAAACAAGGAGGAUGUUUAUGAAAACCUGUCAAAAGCAAAGAAAGAAGGGAAAAAGGCAAAGCCUGACAAGAAAAGUGGAUCGGUGAAGAAAAGAUAGAAAAAAAUUGGAGAGCCUUCAUUGUUAUAUUUAUGCUGUUUUUUUAAAGUACGUUUUUCAGUAAAAAAUGCAAAUCAACGAAAUUUUAAAGAUGGGAAAAAACGUUUUGACAUUUUAAAAUGUAUUAAUGUGAUUGUCAAAAUAUAAAAAAGUGUGUGUAAACAACUUUUUACUUCUUGUGACUAACUGCGACAAUCUCUUCAAAUCCAAUCUUAAACUUUUUCAAGCAGUUGUUUUAUUUUCAAUUCUUAAUGUAAUUUUUUUGUACUCGAUAAGACUAUUUAACUCCCAAUAAAGCUUAAAUAAUA